AUGGCGGCGGGAGCGGCGGCUGCCGAGCGGCGGCGGCGGCUGAGGCUGGUCCGCAGGGCGGCGGGCGGCAGCGAGCGCAGGGCACCGCGGGCCCCCCAGCUUUCCCCGGCCCCCUCCCCGCGCCUCCCCCUCGGGCCACCCCCCGCGCCCGGCCUCGGCGGCGCCGCGCACGCCCGCCCGCACGCGCCAGAGUGGACCCGGGCUCGGCGCGCCGCUCCCCCCGCCGCCGCCGCCGCCACCGCCCGCUCUCCCGCCCGCCCGCCCGUCCGCCCGUCCGCGCGCGCUCGGUGCUCGCUUUGCCCCCCACUUCCCCUCGGGGCCUGUGUGCCUGGCCCGGGCGCCAGCCCUCACGCGUACCUUCGGCGGCGCAAGCCCAGGCCUCCUCCGCCUCCUCCGCGUCUUUCCUCCCCCUUCCCCGCCCCCACUGCCACCAACCGCCGCCUCAGCCGCCGCCUCCUCCGCCCCCCCCCCACCCGCCACCCUGCGCGCCUGCGCCUCCCACAAUCCCCCCGGCGGGACGCUUCCAUUCCCAGCAGCGGCCGGAGUGAGGGGCAAGGUAGGCAGCGGAGCGACCGAGCCCGCCGGGAGGACCGGCAGCCGCUGAGGGGCAGACAGAGGCCUAGCACUGCUCACCUCGCCGGUCGCCACGCCGGGCUCGCGCGCCGCGCCUUCCUGCUUCUGGUCAGGGCGGCGGGGAGCGGGCCCCGGGCGGCCCAGCUCCCCUCUGCCGGCCGGCGGGUGGAGGCCGCGGCGGCUGCGCGGUGCGUCGUUUCCUGCCGGGCGACCUGA